AUGCUUCAGGAAGGUGCACAUGGAAAAUGGACAGUGUCUAGUAGUGAUGAAAGUACCGAGGAAAACUCUGACAGCGAAAAGCCAUCUACAUCUUCACCAUUGGAUGCUGUACGUGGCAGAACAAGUGGGCCACAAUAUCCGUGCUCUGAAGCUAGGAAAGCUGCUCACAAGAGAAAAGCUUCUCCCUUGAAGCUUGGUGAUAAAAGUUUUUCUACAGAAAUACCUCCAGCAGAAAAACAGAGAACUAACCAAGAAGGCUUAGGCUGGUGUCUUUCUAGUAGUGAUGAAGAGCCUGAAGAUCAGCAAAAGCAUGCCCACAAAGAAACACUGAAAGAAGAAAAAUGUGAUGCACCCAAAGAACAUCCUUUGAAUCUUCACAAAGAUGAUGAACUCUCAGAGAAUCAGAAAGCAGAGGAGUAUGAUGAAACACCCAGUGAAGCCCAAGAUACCUGGGAUUUGUUGAAUGGAGGGAACCCUUUCAGGUUUUUUCUCACUAAAGUCAGUGGAAUUGAACAGAGCUAUAAUUCUGGAGCCCUGCACAUAAAAGAUAUUUUGUCUCCUCUUUUUGGGACUCUCAUAUCUUCUGCCCAGUUUAACUACUGUGUAGAUGUGGGAUGGCUUGUAAAGCAGUAUCCACAGGAAUUCAGGAAGAAGCCAUUGUUGAUAGUUCAUGGCGAAAAGAGAGAAUCCAAAGCUGAACUGCUUGCACAAGCACGCCCCUAUGAGAACAUUAGCUUUUGUCAGGCUAAACUGGAUAUUGCGUUUGGAACUCACCAUACGAAAAUGAUGUUGUUGUUAUAUGAAGAAGGUCUUCGAGUUGUGAUACAUACAUCCAAUCUUAUUGCUGAAGAUUGGCACCAGAAAACUCAGGGAAUGUGGCUAAGCCCUUUAUAUCCAAGGCUACCUCAGGGAGCAACUGGUUCUGCUGGUGAAUCUGAAACUAAUUUUAAAUCUGACCUAAUAAGUUACUUGAUGGCUUACAAUUCUCCUACGCUCAAGGAAUGGAUAGAUCUGAUUCAAGAACAUGAUUUAUCAGAGACAAGGGUGUACCUGCUUGGUUCUACCCCUGGACGAUAUCAAGGUAGUGAUAAAGAAAAGUGGGGUCAUCUUAGGCUCAGAAAGCUUUUGAAAGAGCAUGCUUCCUCAAUACCAGCACAGGAAUCCUGGCCUAUUGUUGGACAGUUCUCAAGCAUUGGUUCAGUGGGAGCUGAUGGGUCCAAGUGGCUGUGCUCAGAGUUCCAGGAGAGCCUGGUGGCUGCAGGCAGCAGUGUGACAACUCUCCUUAAAUGUGAUGUUCCAGUUCAUUUGGUUUAUCCUACGGUGACCAAUGUGAGACAAAGUCUGGAAGGCUAUCCUGCUGGUGGCUCGCUUCCGUACAGUAUACAGACAGCACAGAAGCAGCUGUGGUUACAUUCCUAUUUUCA